GCGAGGCUCCAUUAGGCUAAGAAGAUGACGAAGUUCGCGUUAUUAUUAUUAGGUUUCCUGACGCUCCUCCACUCGGCCGUCGCUUACUCCAAAGUAUCGAGAAACAAAGUCGUGGUCGCGCCUCCCGAGGCGAGAUCCUUUCACGAGCGCGACCCGCUGCAGGUAGCCUUCACCGUGUCGCCGCUUCACGAGGUCCCGGCGCCGAACAUCGACGACCUGAGGCCCGGCGAGGCCGUCGAUCAUCGCACACCAUCGAAAUACGAGCAAUUGUCGAUCAAAGACGUGGCUCAGUCGCGCUACCAUCCACCGCCUGUAUCAUUCAAGCAUAAGGGUCUGCGGGGCUCCUCGUCGAAUUCCGUGUCUUCUUACUCUAAGCCCGCGGCGACGUCUGUGAGUUCCGAUUAUUCGACUUUGGACACGAAACCGAAACCAGCAGCCUCGGCGCAGUCGCCGUAUCCGAUCUUCACAUCGAAUCACUAUCAGCCAAGUGCCAGUUCAAUAGACUACCAAACGUCGAUGGAUAAUGACAAGGCACCACCUUCGUCAUCGUCUUCUUCUUCAUCGUCGUCCUCGUCGUCGUCCUUCGAUAUCAAUCAUCCGCCAAAGUCCAUCGAUUUUCCCGAUCACUACGACCGGCCGUUCGAAUCCGUGCCAUCUUAUGCCCACGAUCCGUACGAGGUGCAUCACGACGAGAUCAUAAUCGAUCACCCGCCGUAUGGCGAUGAUGAUUACUACCAUCACCAUCAUCCGCAUCACGAUCACGAUCACGACGACUAUCCGCACUAUUACGAGCAUCAUCAUCACCAUCCUCACUACGAGAAACCGAUGUUGGCUCCACCGCCUCCGAUGACGACCGAGGAGCCGGAGAUCAUGGACGAGCGCGUGAACAAGCGGCCGGCCUACUCGUACUACUACAUCGGCCGCAAGCUCUGGUACGUACCGCUGUACUUCAGCAUAUACUUCAUCAUCUACAUAGCGGCGCUAGUGCUGAAGAGCGUCGCCAGGCACAAGAUCCAGUUUCCGGCGAAUCUGGCGGCAGCGGCGGCUGCCGACAACGCUAGAAGCACCAAAGUGGAGGGGUCUGAUGGGCCCGGCUGGUUGGAUUACGUCACUCUGGUGCUCGAGGGCAUCGAGAAAUUCGGCGAGAUCGCGCAGUAACUCGACAACGGGGAACGACGAUAGGCUGUUUUUGGUCGCUCAACUUUGGCCAUGUAUCGCGAGGAGAUCGAGCGCGACGCAUAUAACCAUGCACUUUUAUACCUUAAAUAACAAACCUUUAUAAAUAAUAAUAUACAGUUAAUUAUAUUUAGUAAUUGUAAUCAUUAAAUGUGUAUACGCUUAAUUGUAAAUAUGAAUAUGUCUGU